CAUACCCACUCACAGCUGGGAAGCCCUGUGGAUUGUGUAACAGCUGCUGCCGAAACUUUUCCACUGAAGUGAUCAGAAAGAAACCCAAGGGUUGAUGUUCUCCCGAAUAUGUGAGGAAAAGGGGAGUUAAAAUGAAUUCUUCCUUGUGGGGACAAGACUCAGAAAAUGUUACCGGCAACUGCUCCAUCGAUGGCUUCAAACGCAGCGUCUACCCAGCCACCUACCUGCUCACCUUCACUCUGGGUCUGAUGGGCGGUGCCGUCUCCCUGUGCUCCUUCGUCAGCCUUAUCAGGACGAAGGGGCGCUUAACCGCAGUCAACCUAUACAUGCUCAACCUCCUGGUGUCGGAUCUCAUGCUGGUGUGUUCCCUCCCUUUCCGCGCCGCCUACUAUCUGAUGGGCUCCAAUUGGAUUUUCGGAGAUGUCACCUGCCGGGUGAUAUCCUUCGUCUUCUACAUCAACAUGUACAGCAGCAUCUACUUCUUGAUGGUGCUAAGCGUGAUGCGCUACCUGGCCAUCACCCACCCAUACAAGUAUGUGCAGCUCCAGAGUAGCCGGAGCUCCUGGGUCGUUUGCCUGCUGGUUUGGGUCGUGGUGUCCCUAGCGUCCACCCCUCUGCUGGGCGCUGGGAGUGUCCAAGAUAGAGGCCACACCAGGUGUUUAGAUCUGGCCAAAAAGAAUGUGGACACUAUUGUCAAAAUGAACUACGCCUCCGUUUUCCUGGGCUUCGUCCUGCCCUUUGCGGUGAUCUCCUUCUGCUAUGUCUUUGUGGUGCACAGCUUGCUCAAGCCCAGAGAGGUGCGGGGGCCCAAGAGGCCCUGCUACAGGAAGUCCUGCGCCCUGGUGGUCAUUGUCCUUGCCAUCUUCUUCAUCUGUUUCCUGCCCUACCAUGUGGUCCGUAUCCUCUUCCUCCAUGCGGAGUGGCAGCUAACCAGGAAUGUUUAUGCGAGUUCAUGCCACUACAUAGAAGGUCUGCACAAAGCUGCCGUCGUCACGCUCUGCCUGGCCGUUGCAAAUAGCUGCUUGGACCCCCUCCUUUUCUUCUUUGCUGGGGAGAACUUUUGGAAGUUCUGCAACAGAAAGGGUAAACUUGUACCUAAAAGCAGAAAUGUGCUCAGAAAGAUGGUGAACAUGCCCAACACUGAACUGCAGGAACUAAAAGCCUAA